ACCCCACUGCGCAAGUGCAGCAGCUCGGCAGGGGUCAGUCACUUCCGGGUUGGGGUGGCGUGCUCUUUUAGUGAAACAUUCCGAAAACUCAUUUAUAUCUGACGCCCGUAUUCACAUUCGACUUAAAACAGAAUGCCAAAGAACAGGUUCACCCACUACGCUGUGGCACGGGGAAGGCAACCUGGGAUCUAUACAGACUGGUCCCAGACCAAACAACAGAUAGAUGGAUUCAGCAGUGCCAGAUACAAGGGCUUCCACUCUGAAGUAGAGGCCCGGGCAUGGAUGGAUGAAUUUCAUUCAAACAGCCCUCCUCAGGAGUACGAAGCUGUCGUACGUUGUGGUGUUAUCAGGGUCAUCGACAACGGAGCCGCUCAGUCAGCAGCCAAUCAGAGUGUGCCCAGAGCAGGCAGGGGGCAGUCACGUGACUCCGGUAAACGUCCACCCAAAAAUGGGACAUCUGAUUCCGAUCGCUCGAAUGGAAAACACGUCACAAGUAAAGUGAAGACUGGAAACACUGAUGAUCUUGCUGAGGCAUUGUCAGACUUACAGAUAACACGGCCGCUGACCUUCAGAGAGGCCUUGUCGACCUUCAGGCCUGGGAUCUAUAAAGGUGAUGACAUCAAGCGUCUGUGGUCCAACCUUCUCCAGUCGUGGUUUGAGCAGAGAGCACAGGUCUACAUCGUCUCUCCAUGGAUAGACAAGAAAACCAUCGGUUACAUCAAGAAUCGUCUGAUGACAGAACAGUCGUCCAUCCAGGCUCUGUACAUCCGGGACCCGUGUUUCACAGACACCGGCGGGAGGGAGACUUCUCUGGCCGAGGCAAUGCAGGGGGUCUUCUCAACAAGCGAGGCUGACCGGAUACGCUGUCUCAGGGUCGGUACGGACAGAGAGACCGACGGAAAAGCGUACUUCCACUGCAAGUUCGCCGCGGGGAGGUUCAAAAACCACGUUGAGAUCCUUGUGACAAGUGCCAACUUCAAUGAGCAUCACUUCAAACCACUCCAGAGGGAUUCUGUGAUACUCCUUAGCGAAAACUGCCGAGAUUUCGAGACCAGAUAUCUGAGUGCCUUGGACAGUGGAGAAACAAGAAUGACCCUUAGGACACUUCUCUCCUACGGCCUUGUCUUGGGAGUGUUCACUACGCUGCUUUUGAUCACAGUUCACCAGUCAAAUUUAUCCCAUGGCGGCUCGUGGGAACGGAAGGACAGAGCCCAAGCUAACCUACCUGCAAACGACAAUCAUAGGUAUGAUGAAGAAGAGCCGAGUGCAACUGCAGGGCAAGUUAAAGAAAGCGCUCCAGCGUCUUGUGUUCCACAUAAGAAAUUCGUUUUCAUAAAGACCCACAAGACAGGCAGUUCUACCACUAUCAACAUCUUUCAGCGUUUCGCCAUUUUUAACAAACUGAAGGUCCUAAUGCCGAUAGGCCAGGGUCCUCUUAGCUGGCCGUUCCCCCCAAAAGAGAAUGAGUACGUCCACAUGCCGGAGGAAAAAUACGACGCACUGAUACAUCAUUUGGUCUACAAUAAGACGUGGCUACUGAGCAAGUUUCCACCAGAGACAAAGUAUUUAUCUAUAAUAAGACAACCGUUCAGUCAUCUCAAGUCCCAGAUGAAUUACUUCCACCUCGCAAAGGUCAUGAAGAUUAACGGUCGCAGUCAAGGGAAUCCAGUGAAAGUGUUUCUUCAAGACCCGUGGCAGCACAGGAACAGGUCCGAGACAUUCUUCCCUCACGUGAACAUCACGUGGGACGGGACCAGAAACCCCAUGACAUUUGACAUGGGAUGGCCAGCCGAGAGGGCAGAUGAAGUCGAGGAGGCACGUAAGUACAUCAGCAAGUUAGACGCUGAUUUCACCCUGGUGAUGAUCCUUGAGCACUUGGACGAAUCGGUCGUUCUUCUGAAGCGUCUGAUGUGCUGGGAGCUCCGAGAUGUUCUGUAUUCUAACAAGAAAAAAAACUCGCGCCCUUACCGGUAUAAGAAAUACUUGGGAACGCCAGAAGAACUGGAGAACCACCGUGCCUGGAGCGCCGUGGAUUACAUGCUGUACAACACGUUUAACAAUUCACUGUGGCGAAAGAUCAAAGAACAGGGUCCGGAUUUCUAUGACGAGCUGAAACAUUUCAGACGUAUCAAGGAUGAUGUCAGCAACUUCUGCAACGGAACUAAAAAAGGACACAAUAAGGACAGGCAGCUGCAGGCCAUGGUCGUACCCGCAUCGAAAUGGAACCCUGAAUUUGAAUUGGACAGGAAGUUUUGUUGGUACAUUAAAAGAACAAGGACAUUGAGCCUUGACCAAAAGAUUCGAGGACGAAGAUAUACCAAAAAAGAGAUGUCCUACACUGUCAUCGAUCAAAUCAUCAAUUACAGGCUUCUGGCCAAGGGAUUCCCCACUUUCAAUAACAAACAUGAUGCUAAUGCAGCUGGUAUUAGGCGACUACGCACAAAACCAAAACGCGUGGAAAUGGCGCAAGAGGCGGAGGGAGAACCAAGAAUGACCCUAAGGACAUUUAUCUCUUACGGCCUUGUCGUGGUAGUCUUCACUACGCUGCUUUUGAUCACAGUUCACCAGUCAAAUCUAUCCCAUGGCAGGUCUUGGGGACGAAACAACAGAUUCCAAGCCAGCUUAUCUGCAAACGACAACUAUAGGUAUGACGAAGAAGAACCGACUACCUCUGCAAGGCAAGGUGAAGAAAGCGCUCCAGCGUCUUGUGUUCCGCAUAAGAAAUUCGUCUUCAUAAAGACCCACAAGACAGGCAGUUCUACCACUAUCAACAUCUUUCAACGUUUCGCCAUUUUUAACAAACUGAAGGUCCUAAUGCCGAUAGGCCAGGGUCCUCUUAGCUGGCCGUUCCCCCCAAAAGAGAAUGAGUACGUCCACAUGCCGGAGGAAAAAUACGACGCACUGAUACAUCAUUUGGUCUACAAUAAGACGUGGCUACUGAGCAAGUUCCCACCUGAGACAAAGUAUUUAUCUAUAAUAAGACAACCGUUCAGUCAUCUCAAGUCCCAGAUGAAUUACUUCCAUCUCGCAAAGCUCAUGAAGAUUAACGGUCGCGGUCAAGGGAAUCCAGUGAAAUUGUUUCUUCAGGACCCUUGGCAGCACAGGAACAGGUCCGAAACCUUCUUCCCUCACGUGAACAUCACGUGGGACGGGACCAGGAACCCCAUGACCUUUGACAUGGGGUGGCCGGCCGAAAGGGCAGAUGAAGAAGAAGAAGCUCGUAAGUACAUCAGCAAGUUAGACGAAGAUUUCACUCUCGUGAUGAUUCUUGAGCUCUUGGACGAAUCGGUCGUUCUUCUGAAGCGUCUGAUGUGCUGGGAGCUCCGAGAUGUUCUGUAUUAUAACAAGAAUAAGAACUCGCGCCCUUACCGGUAUAAGAAAUACUUGGCAACACCGGAGGAACUGGAGAACCACCGUGCCUGGAGCGCCGUGGAUUACAUGUUGUACAACACGUUCAACAACUCACUGUGGCGAAAGAUCAAACAACAGGGUCCAGAUUUCUAUGACGAGCUGAAACAUUUCAGACGUAUCAAGAAUGAUGUCAGCAACUUCUGCAACGGAACCAAAAAAGAACACAAGAAUGACAGGAAAGCCAUGGUCGUACCCGCAUCGAAAUGGAACCCUGAAUUUGAAUUGGACAGGAAGUUUUGUUGGUACAUCAAAAGAACAAGGACAUUGAGCCUUGACCAAAAGAUUCGAGGACGAAGAUACACCAAAAAAGAGAUGACCUUCACUGUCAUCGAUCAAAUCAUCAACUACAGACUUCUGGCCAAAGGAUUCCCCACUUUCAAUAACAAACAUGAUGCCAAUGCAGCUGGUAUUAGGCGACUACGCACAAAGCCAAAACGCGUGGAAAUGGCGCAUGAGUAA